AUGGAGGUUGAGGAAGAUGAUGGUGAGAGGACAACAACAGAUGAAGUAUGGAAAGAGAGGAUAGAGGGACAACAACCUGAUGUUGAGGCUGAGAGUAGAGAAGCAGAUGAAGUUCAAGUUGAGGCUGAGAGGAUAGAGGUUGAGGAAGCUGAUGGUGAGAGGACAGCAGCAGAUGAAGUGCAGGAAGAUGAGGGUGAGAGGACAGAGGUUGAGGAAGGUGAUGCUGAGAGGACAGCAGCAAAUGAAGUGCAUGAAGAAAUGAUACAGGUUGAGGAAGCUGAUGUUGAGGCUGAGAGGAUAGAAGCACAAGAUGGUGAGGGUCAUAGCUUAGAUGGUCAGGCUUACAAAAUAGAAGUACAAGACUUGGAGGAUAUAGAAGUAGAAGUCUGUGAUUGGAGUACAUCACGUGAUGAUGAUGAUGGUGAUGGUGAGAUGCUUAGUGAGGAUGGGUUAGUAGACAUAAAUGUGCAGUGUGAUGUAAGUGACAGUUCUGGUAAUUUGGAGGUUGAGGUUGAAUUUGUUUUAUUUGGGUCUGAGUUAGAUAUGGAAGAAGAUGAUAUUAAUGAUUCCAUUUGGUUCAAUGAUGAAUGA